AUGCCACUGUUGGUCGGAUUGUUGGAUGCCUCGGCUAUCAGGCGUAGUAUCGACAGCCCGGAGGACGCAUACUCGGAACCAAGGAUUGACCUGGAGGAGUUGGCCGCGAAGAGGCUUGCAGGCGGAGGCCUGCUAGAUUCUGUAGCGAAUAUGGCCAAUUCAAUACUAGGAGCAGGCAUCAUUGGUCUCCCAUACGCUGUUCGCCAAGCCGGUUUCUUCGUUGGGCUCGUCCUGCUGGUCGUCCUGUGCGGUGUCACCGACUGGACCAUUCGUUUGAUUGUGCUCAAUGCGAAGCUGAGCGGUCAGAACUCGUACAUCGGAAUCAUGAAUCACUGUUUUGGUUCAAGCGGCCGAGCUGCAGUGUCAUUCUUUCAGUUCGCAUUUGCGUUCGGAGGCAUGUGUGCUUUUGGUAUCAUCAUCGGUGAUACAAUACCCCAUGUCAUUCGCUCAGUAUUUCCCAACCUAUACCGUGUCCCCGUCCUGAACCUCCUCGCCAACCGGCAAUUCGUUAUCGCUCUCUGUACAAUAUGCGUCUCCUACCCGCUCUCCCUCUACCGUGAUAUCCACAAGCUGUCGCGCGCAUCCGGAUUGGCACUGAUAGGCAUGCUCAUCAUCGUCACCUCCGUUCUCAUAGAGGGCCCCCACGUACCCGAGGAGUUGAAGGGCAACCCCAAUGCACGUUGGACAUUUCUGGGUGACGGGGUAUUUCAGGCUAUUGGCGUCAUCAGCUUCGCUUUUGUCUGCCACCAUAACUCGCUAUUGAUAUAUGGGAGCUUGCGCACACCAACAUUGGAUCGGUUCAACAAGGUCACGCAUAUCUCGACGGCGAUCUCCCUAGUCGCUUGUUGCACGCUAGCGAUAUCUGCAUACAUCGUCUUCACGGACAAGACGCAAGGCAACAUACUGAACAACUUCGGGUUUAAUGAUACCUUAAUCAAUGUUGCGAGAUUCUGCUUUGGACUCAACAUGUUCACGACGCUCCCCCUGGAGCUGUUUGUCUGUCGAGAGGUGAUCGAGCAAUACUUUUUCGACCGCGAGCCGUUCCACAUGCAACGUCACGUCUUCUUUACCACCUCUAUCCUUUGUUCCUCCAUGAUCAUUGCCCUCGUUACCUGCGAUCUCGGCGUCAUGCUCGAAAUAACAGGCGGAGUGUCCGCAACCGCGCUCGCGUUCAUCUUCCCAGCAACGUGCUACAUCAAGCUCUCGGCGCCCCACGAACCUUGGUACUCGCGCUCAAAGCUGCCCGCGGUCGCAUGCGCGUCUUUCGGCGUCGUCGUCCUCUGCAUAUCACUCUUCCUCGCACUUGGCAAGGCCUGGACUCCCGCGGGGCGCGCAACCAUCUGUAUCUGA